CGUCUGUCCGUUUGUCUGCCUGUCUGUCGCUACAACACCUCGACAACCCAACACCACCAACAACAUGGGUGUCUUCGACCAGAUUCGCGGUCGAAAGACUCUCAACCACACUGCAGAGACCUUGGCUCAACCCGAGCCUCUCACCGAUGAAAAACAAGCAACCGACCAGGCGACGUCGGCUUCCGCUUCGGAAUCUGACAACGACAAUUUGUCGCUCGAGGCACAAAACGAAAAAGAAAUUCAGCGUCACCCCGACCAAGUCACUGCCGAUGCCCACAAGGGUAUCCAGAAGGCUGAAGCAGCCGCACUCGUAUGGACCAAGCCAGUUCUCUACGCUACCUUUGCAUGGAUCUGGGUGUGCUUCUUCAUGCUGGCUUUCCAGUCGUCAGUCAUGUCGUAUGCCUCCGUCGCCGCCUACUCGAGCUUCCAAACCGCUCCUGCCUACACCACUGCCCAGAUUCUGGCCACCAUCAUCGGCGGUGUGUUGAAGCUGCCCAUUGCGAAACUGCUCAAUAUCUGGGGUCGCACAGAAGCGUACAUGACCUUUUUCGGCGUCUAUCUCUUGGGCAUCAUCAUCAUUGCUGCGAGUAAUGGCCCCAAUAGCUACGCUGCGGGCUACGUCCUGUACUGGAUUGGCUACGAUGCCGUCUACCUCAUCCUGGACAUCUUCGUCGCGGAUACUACGGGUCUGCGCAACCGAGCCUUUGCCUGGGGCUUCGUUUCUACGCCUUUCAUCUGCACUGCCUUUACCGGACCUCUCUGUGCCAAUGCCUUCCUGUCCGUCACCACGUGGAGGUGGGCGGUGGGUGCGUUUUGCAUCAUCCAGCCCGUUGUCUUCGUCCCGCUUGCUGUGGUUUUCAAAUUCUAUCAGAAAAAGGCGGAGAAGAUGGGUCUGCUCCAGACUAGUGAUGCUGGUCGUACGAAACUGCAGUCGCUGGUGCACUACUUUCACGAGUUUGAUAUCAUCGGUUGCAUCCUGCUCAUGCUUGCCUUCAUUCUCUUCCUCCUCCCAUUCUCCCUCCAAUCAUACGGUCGCGCCGACUUCAAAUCCGCUACCUUCAUCGCCAUGGUAGUCGUCGGAGCCUGCCUCUUCCCCGUCUUCUACAUCUGGGAACGCUACUUCGCCCGCGUCCAUUUCGUCCGCUGGGAACUCGUCCGCGAACGCACCGUCCUCGGAGCCUGCAGUCUCGCCGCCGUCCUCUACUUCAGUUUCUAUUCCUGGGAUCUCCAAUACUACAACUACGUCAAAGUCACCUACGCCCUCAGCGUCACCUACGCAGGCUACAUGGGACAAAUCUACAACGUCGGAUCAUGCUUCUGGUCCGUCGUCUUUGGCGCUUGGGUCUACUAUACCAAACAUUUCAAAUAUACCUGUCUCUGCUUCGGUCUCCCUCUCAUGUUUCUCGGAGCAGGUCUCAUGGUACAUUUCCGCGGCGGAGACUACGGCAUCGGCUACGUCGUCAUGUGUCAAAUUUUCAUCGCGUUCGCCGGCGGAACUCUCGUGAUUGGCGAAGACAUGGCCGUCAUGACUGCCGCGGAUCGCGAAGGUGUUCCUAUGAUGUUAUCCAUCAUCUAUCUCGCCUCUAACAUUGGCGGAUCCAUCGGAACUGCCGUUUCGACUUCUAUUUACGGCAAUACCUUUCCCUCUGCUCUCUCUCGUGCUCUACCUGCCGAUUUGCAAGGCAAAGUACAAGAACUCUAUCUGGGAGGGUAUUUGACUCAAGAACUAUUUGUGCCUGGAACGGUGGAACGCACUGCGAUUAAUUAUGCGUGGGGACAAACGCAGUAUUAUAGUUGUAUUUCUGCGGUGUCGAUUCUCGUCUUGGGAAUUCCGGCUAUUGCCAUGUGGAAGAAUUAUCGCGUGGACAAACAGCAGAAUAAGGGUGUUAUGAUUUGAGAGGCAGAAAAAAGUUUUCUGUAUAAGAAAAAGGGCAUAGAGACAGACACAGAGUGACAGAGACAGACAAGAGUUGAUUUGCUAGAGUGUUUUCUUCUAUAAACUUCCAUU